ACAAAUACAGCCCGCCGCCCGGAACGCGUGCCAGCCUCGCCGGCGCCGCAGCCCGCAGCCGUCGCCUCUCCGCGCCGACUCUCGGAAGAAAGAAGGCGCCGCACCUCCUCCUCCUCCUUCGGCCUUCCUCGCUUCGGCGCGCCACCGCCAGGUUAAUUAAUCGUCGAUCCCCAUAAGGAGGUUGCUGUAGGAGCAAUCAAGUAGCAUGAAGUUCAGAGUUGUUUGCAGGAAGUUGUAUGAUUACGUGAGGUAUGAUCUUAAAGAGAUUGCCUUCCCAUCUUCUCUGCCAGACCCUCCGGGCACCAAGAGGCGUCCUAAGCUCACACUGAAAGAAAAAUGGUGUAUCCUCAAGGAGGCAACCAGGCUCUAUGGGGCUUCCUGGGUCAGGGACAUCGGUCCCGAGCUCAGGCCAAAUGAUUACAAGAAGGUCAAAGAGGAAUCUGAGCCUAACAGCACCAAGGAGGGGAAAACUACAAGUGAGCCUAGUUUGCUUGAGGAUCUCGCAGUGGCAGCAAAGGGCGGGGCGGAGACCCUGAAGCCUGCGCUGCGGCGCAUAUACAUGACACGCGCCUCUACCUACACGAGUGCAGUGAAGAACUAUGUGGAGACCUAUCAGGAAGGGCUGAAGGAUGUCUUGGAUGAGAAGGCUGCUGGGAAGGAUCACCAGCAAGGCAAUGAGCCAAGGGGACCAUCAGCACCACCACCGCCCCCGCCAUCAUCGUCAUGAGCUUGUGUCAUUUUGUGGGGAAAUAUUAUCAUUAAAACUCGCAGCUUCUCGUUUAUAUAUACUCUUAUCAGAAGUCGGGUAGAACAGAGAUCGAUGCACUGCUCAUUUCCUAAAUAAAAAAAAUCUUCGUGAGUAGGUUGCUGACAUUGUCCA